AUGGCAGCCCUGACAGUGAGACAGGUCGGCCAGGUUGCUCCACCCCUGAAGCAGAAGGUGGAGCAGUUUCAGCAGAUCAUUGACAACAAUGACCAGUCUGUGGCCCGCAUCCGCGAGCAGCUACGCAGACUGGAGCCGCAGCGAGAGCGUCUCUCGGACCAGGUCCAGCAGCGACAAGACGACCGCCGGUCCAUUCAUUCGCAGCUGGCGCGCCUGGAAGACUCCUUGGCCUCUUUCGGGGCAGAGAGUGUGCAGCUCGAGGCUGCAGCUGAGGAGAUGCCGCGGCUUCUGGAACGCAUUGCAGUGCCGGUGAAUGCCCCUGGCGCGCAAGUGGAUCCGUCUGGUUUUCGCAGACUGCCGGCAGCAGCCAUUGAUGUGCCUCUCCCGUACUUCGAUGCGCUUGCAGAGCAGCUUGAAGCAAGGACGAAACAGGUCUACGAGAGAGUGAAUGCCGUCGAAAAGGCCUUGGCGACAUACAAUCGCCAGGUUUCAGGCGUCCCAGUGACAUCGCAGAUCGAGGCUGUGGUGCGGUCCGAGUUCUUGCAGUUCAAAGCCAUAGCUGCCGAGCUCGCACAGGCGGGCGAGCGCAUCGAGCAGCUCCGUGAUGCAGCUGUGAGAACGCGAGGUGUUCCAGUGGGCAUGUUAGCGCGCCCUGCAGAACAGGACUACGAUCAACGCAUGGUCGCUGCCCGAGCCGGAGCAAACUUUGGAGGCCAGCUUCUCGGGCCCCUUGCCAUCAGCUCGAUCGGUCUGAUGGGCUGCGGUGGAAUGAUUCCGGGUGCAAGCCCCGCGGGAGCAACUAGUGCUGGCCUAUUCGGUGCCAACACUGGUGGAGGCUUAUUUGGUGCCAACACCGGUGGAGGCUUGUUUGGUGCCAACACUGGUGGAGGCUUAUUUGGUGCCAGCACUGGUGGAGGCCUCUUCGGUGCCAACACCGGCGGAGGCAUGUUCGGUGCCAACACUGGAGGAGGUCUGUUCGGUGGCAACACCGGCGGAGGCAUGUUCGGGGCUAACACUGGGGGGGGCCUUUUCGGCGCCAAUACUGGUGGAGGCUUGUUUGGUGCCAACACUGGUGGAGGCUUGUUUGGCCAAAGCUCCAGUGGCGGCCUGUUUGGGCAGAGCUCGGGUGGAGGCCUGUUUGGAGGGAACACCGGCGGAGGCCUCUUCGGCCAAAACACAGGUGGAGGCAUGUUUGGGCAGAAUACUGGUGGAGGACUGUUCGGCAACACCGGAGGGGGUCUGUUUGGACAGAACACCGGGGGUGGUAUGUUCGGCCAAAACACUGGUGGAGGAAUGUUCGGACAGAAUACCGGUGGAGGCCUCUUCGGUGGACAGAACACCGGCGGUGGACUCUUUGGUGGCGGCAACACAGGGGGUGGUCUCUUCGGAGGUGCUGCUAAUACUGGCGGUGGACUCUUCGGAGGCAACACUGGGGGAGGCCUGUUCGGUGGAAAUACUGGCGGCGGCAUGUUUGGAGCAAACACUGGAGGCGGCUUGUUCUAA